AUGCGCUCAAGAAUCCACUGUUUCUGGUUAUUUGUGGCCGGAGCCAUUGCUGUAGCUAACGCUCAUCCUCAUGGCUCCACCGACAAGACGGAGCGUGCUGCCUCCGACUCCAAGCUCGUAGUCGCCCACCAUAUCGUCGGCUAUACCUAUCCCUACGAUAUCACUGACUGGGAGUCCGACAUCCAGCUGGCGUACAAUUCAGGUCUCGAUGGGUUCGCACUCAACGUCGGGAGCAACUCUUGGGAGUCUACUCAGGUGGCGAAUGCGUAUCAAGCAGCCGCGAAUCUCGGCCUCGACUUCAAGCUAUUUCUCUCGCUCGACAUGACCUCCUUUCCUUGCACAACCGCGAACGAUGCUUCGGCCCUGUGCGCCAACGUCUCCGCCCACGCGUCCCAUCCUAACCAACUCCUGUGGAACGGCAAUGUCUUCGUCUCGACCUUCUCCGGCUCAGACUGUACGUUUGGGCAGAACUCUGCCGCGGCGGGCUGGCAGAGCGAGUUCAUCGACCAGCUCACGGGCUCGAACGCGGUACAUUUUGUGCCCUCGUUCUUCGUCGACCCGAGCACCUUUACCACCUUCAACGACAUCAUGGACGGCGACUUCAACUGGAACGGGGGCUGGCCCACAGACCUGACGUACUCCUCUGCGCAGUCUGAGCUCGGGAGCAACGCAGGGGAUCUGGACGACGCUACGUUCCCCUCCUCAGCGGAGAGCGUUCUGUCCGGAAACGUCGGCGCCUUCACCUCAGACAGUCAGUAUAUCAACGGUCUCAACUCAGUCUCCGGCUCCGACAAGACCUACAUCGCCGCCGUCACGCCAUGGUUCUUCGUCCAUUACUCUCCCCAGACGUACGACAAGAACUGGAUCUACCUCGCAGACUACUGGUCCUACGUCGUGCGGUGGGAAACGCUGAUUGCGAACCGCGACCAGGUCGACGUCGUGGAGGUUGUCACGUGGAACGACUACAGCGAGUCGCACUACAUCGGACCGAUCGAGGGCUCUCAGCCGAACUCCCAGGCAUGGACGAACGGCAUGCCGCAUCUCGGCUGGCUGGCCAUGACCAAUUACUACGCAACUGCUUUCAGAAACGGCUCCUACCAGUCUAUCACCGAGGAUCAGAUCUACAUGUGGGCCCGCCCGCAUCCCAAGAACGCGAAUGCAUCGGAUGACUCUGUGGGAAAGCCCACCUCAUAUCAACUAACCGAAGACAAACUCUGGGCUGUGGUCUUUGCGACAUCCAACGCAACAGUUGCGAUCACCACCGCGUCUGGGACUACGCAGACAUCCAACGUCUCCGCCGGAGUGACGAAGCUCUCCAUGGACCUCGUCCCAGGCUCAGGCAUGUCGGCGACGUUGACGCGGAACGGGCAGACCGUUGUCUCCCUUGAUCCCGGUACGAACUUCACAUUCAACGCAAACCCGGAGACCUACAACUACAAUGCCUUCGUCUGCUAUGCGACUUCCGGUUGA